AUGCAGGCCCCUCCUUCCUCGCGCCUCCCCGCCUCUGCCUCCGGCCGCCGCCAGCGAACAGCUCCGCCGGAGCCAUGCCCCUUCGCCGUCGCGUCGCCUUGCCUUCCUCCAUCGACCGCCGGAGACACGCCGCGCUCGGACCUCCACCGCGCCUUGCCUUCGACCUCGGCUUCCGCGUCCCAUGGCCACGAGCGCCAUCAGCAGCAGGUUCAGGCCGUCCCGCCGAGUCCCUCUCCGCCCUCCUGCACCUCGUCUCCGGCUCUGUCCGUCGGAGCCAUGCCUCUUGGUGCCCGCAGCCGCGUCGCCGGUGUUCCUCCUCAACGCUGCCGCCUCGAACCUCCUCCGUGCGCCAAGUACCGCCACGGCCAUCACCUCCCCGACGCCCUUGCUGCUGCUUCUAGAUCACCUCGGUGCCACCAGCGAGUGCCAUGGCCUCCACCGAGAACCUUGGAAUCGGCAAGACCACACGGACGCUCGAACGACUACACACUAAAACGUCAAGUACCUCAUCAAUACGUGUAA